UAACCAUGAUUUGGGCAAGAGCUGUAUGGAUCGAAAAUUAUGAGGAAAUAGAAGAUGUUGUGCCAAGAAGGUGGAUAAAUGCAGAAAAAAAAAAUACUAUUUUGGCUUUCUGGUAUAUCUUAUCAUAGAGCUGUAAAUGAUGAAAUGGAUGCAGAUGAAACAUGGGACAAAUAUAAACUUAUCAAAAUCAAAUUUGAGAGUCAUAAUAUAAAUGAGCUAAAAGAAUAUGGUUACACAACAGCAGCACAGGAGGAGGAUGAAAUAGAUAAUUGUUUUAAAAGUUCCAAAGGCACAUUUAAAGUCAAAAGUAAUGUUUAUGAGUUACCAGAUUUUCCGUUGCCUCCACCAGUUUUGCAAUCCAUACCAACAAAAUCAUUAAAGAGAUCAUUUGAUUUUAAUUUGUCACCUGGAUCAACUAUUUUAAAACAAUCAAAUAUUUGUUCUAGUAUCUAAUAAUUAUUAAAUUAUUAAAAUUUAAAAUUAAUUCAAUUUGCAACACCUUCAAUCUAAAAUAUUUCUGGAUUCUUAU